AUGAGUGUUGAAAGUAUGAGAGCCGUGCUCGCCAAGGAGCCUGGAGAUGCAUCACAACUCUACAAUGGACUUGCUCCAAUACCUUUGCCAAAAGAUAACGAAUUAUUGGUUAAAAUCAAAUGCUUUGCCCUCAAUCGGAUGGACAUUUUACAGCGCCAAGGAAGAUAUCCCGUUCCACCAGAAGCUUCUCAGAUUCUUGGGACUGAAUUGUCAGGAAUCGUAGAGAAAAUUGGAAGUAAAGGUGCACGAUCCAUUAUUACAUUGCCAUAUAUUUCACUGGAUGCUAUACUUCAUGGUCCUGGAGAUCGUGUCUUUGGUUUAAACGACGGUGGCGCGUAUGCCGAAUAUGGCAUACUCCACGAAGAUAUGGCCAUGAUUCUUCCGGAAGAAGUGUCAUUCCAACAGGGAGCUGCUAUACCAGAAGCAUGGUUUACAGCGUAUCAAGUAUUACAUCUAAUCGGCCAGAUUCGUCAAGGUGACAGUGUACUAAUACAUGCAGGAGCUAGUGGAGUUGGCAUUGCCGCUAUUCAAUUGGCAAAAGCAGCUGGAGCAAAACACAUCUUUGCUACUGCUGGAUCAGAGCGUAAAUUGGCCUUUAUUGAAUCAAUCGGCGUUACAAACGGCAUUAAUUACAAGAAAGAAAAUUUUCGAGAUAAGAUAAUGGAACAUACUGAUGGCUGUGGUGUAGACUUGCUAAUUGAUUUUGUAGGCAAAGAUUAUUGGCAUCCUAACAUAGACAGUCUUGCUAAAGACGGUAGGAUAGUUUUAGUAGGUUUUUUAUCUGGUCGAAUUGUAGAGAAUUUCGAUUUAUCAGCAUUGCUUAUGAAGAGAUUACGUGUCGAGGGCACUACUCUACGCUCCCGUUCGCUUUCGUAUAAGAUAACUCUUCGUGACGAGUUUUACAACAAGAUUUUUCCUCGGUUUAUUGACGAGCAUGGUACUUUCAAAGUCUUUAUUGAUCGAGAAUACUACUGGAAGGAUAUCGCUGAUGCCCAUCGUUACAUGGAAAGCAACGAAAGUAUUGGCAAGAUCGUUGUGAAUGUAGUUGAUUGA